CUUUUUCUCCCGUAUAGAAUCAAUCCUUCCCUUUUGUUCUCUCUCUCAUUUUCCUUCUCCUCCUCUCAUUCAUAUUCUCAAUAACCUGCUAAUUAAGGAAAACAAGAAUGGUAGAUCUUGAAAGAAGAGUGUGUUGCAUGUGUGGUGAUGUGGGUUUCAUCGAUAAGCUCUUUCAUUGCAGCAAGUGCCUUAAUCGCUUUCAACACUCGUACUGUAGUAGCUAUUACAAAGAGCAAGCUGAUCCAACUAAGAUCUGCGAUUGGUGUCAGUGGGAAGCGAAGAGUCCAACCGGAGCAAAGCACGGUGUUAACGGUAGAUCAUCUAAGAGAUCGUAUCGGUCGGAAUAUUCUUCAGCUCACCAGAUCAAACAACAAGCGAUUAACCAGAUUACUACAAGUAGUAGUAUUCCUCCAGCAGGCGACAAGGGUAAAACCGGCGCACCUUCUCCUAGAUCGGCUACACGCAGGUACAAGCUUCUCAAGGAUGUCAUGUGUUAGUAAUGCUUUUCCAAGUAACCAAAAGUUGAGAGUUAUAGAGUAAUUAGGAUUCUGAGAGAAUAAGACACAUACAUGUAUGUAAGAUAUAAAUAGGGAUGUCGUAGAUGUUGGCAUGUUGCUAUGAGUGUGAGAAGUAAUGUAACUUACCUGCGGAGUUAUGUAUGUCAUGGAUAUGAUCAUUUUAGUAUUUUAAAUAAAUAAGUAUUUUUGGAUUUGAA